GAGCAAAAGGAAAAGGGGUCAAAUGGACGAAGAGGGCUGAAUUCCAUUGCCAACUUCUUUAAUAAUCUUACACCUAAUAACUCAAGUAAAUCCAAAAAGAAAGGAUUCAACAAUGUGGUCUCUACUCACAGUUCAGAGAGUAGCAGCUCCUCUGAUAUGUCGAAUACAGAGUUACCUCCCAUUAACAGUAAAUCCAGGCUAACUGUGCCAAACACUGCUUCAAGAAGCACUACUCCAUCUUAUGCAGUUGACUCGCGGGCAUCAAGUAGAAAUACUAUGGUUUCAACAAGUUCAAAAGCAUCAAAGACGUCAAAAGGGCCGUCUGUAUCGAGACAGGACAUUCAUUUAAAUAUCGCUAGUAGGAGUUCGGCAAAUGCUGGUGCAGGCGUCAGCAAUUCAUCGCCGAACCAGGCAGAAAGAGUUAUCUAUCCUGUCCGAACUAAAACAUCAGAUCAGUUAAGGGAAGAUGUACGGUCAGCUAGAGAGACAGGUAACUGGAAGAGUGUUCAGGAGUUCUACUCCACAACUUUUGAUUCAUUUCUAGAGAUCAACGCUGCAUUUAAGAGAGAUCCUAAUAAAGAGUAUAAAAGUACAGAAGAUCCAGGAUUGAAGUUUGAGUUUAUCAAUACAGUAUAUGACUUGAUAUUAGGAUUGCCACCAGAGAUACAGAAAAUUGUUUUGAAAAGUAUUAUAAAUAGUCUGCUGAAGGACAAAAAGAAUAACCAUAUGCAAUGGCCACAUUCCAAAGAUGAUUUGAGAGCAUAUCUAGUCUUGUUACAGAAUCCUCAGUUUGGAAGCUCAUCAACAUAUGUGAUAUUUGCACACUUGUUACGGCAGAUUGCCGCAUUGACUGACCAUGAUCAUCAUUAUCUAGUCUACUGGAUGAGAAAACUGUCAGGUGACAGAGUCCAGGCAUUGUUGGAAAGAUUAAACUCUUUCAUAUCAAUACGAUUAUUUCCCCCGAAACCCCAAGAUCUACCACCAAUGGUGAAAUGUAGCUGGUGGAUUCCUAGCAGUACCAAAGUUAUGGCAUUGUUAAAUGCUGCCAAUAAUUUGUGCCAACCACCUGUAGUGUCACAUAUGGAGUUUUACAACAUGGCUUUGGAUAACCUUGACCUUAUGCAAGAGUAUUUGGCAUGGCAAGACCCAAACUCAAGUGGAGGGUUUUCGUUCUGUCAGUACCCUUUUAUCCUCAGUAUUACAGCAAAGAGAACAAUUCUACAACGAGAUUCAGAGCAACAGAUGAUACUAAUGGCUAGAAGAAGUCUGGUUGCUAAGGUACAAAGACGGCAGUUACCGGAUGUUGGAAUGUUGUUUUUUAACCUGACUGUGAGAAGAGAACAUCUGGUCUCAGAUUCUUUAAAUGAGAUUGCUAAGAAACAGCAUGAUUUGAAGAAGAAACUGAAGGUGACGUUUGCAGGGGAACCAGGCUUAGAUAUGGGUGGCCUUACAAAGGAAUGGUUCCUACUUCUAAUCAAGAAAAUAUUCAAUGAAAACUAUGGUAUGUUUUCUUACAAUAAGGCUGCAGGAUGCUAUUGGUUUUCAACAAUGCAUCGUGAGGAUUAUCAGGAGUUUAAUCUAGUCGGUGUUUUAAUGGGUUUAGCGGUGUAUAACAGUAUUAAUUUGGAUCUACGAUUUCCACCAUGUUGCUACAAGAAGUUACUGAGUCCCCCAGUAGUCCCCUUCAAUAAUCCACGGGCACAAGUCGGUGUUUUGACUAGUCUAACUGUAGAUGAUCUCAAAACAGUACAACCAGAUGUAGCUAAAGGAUUACAAGAUUUGUUAGAUUACAAAGGAGAUGUAGAAGAAGAUUUCUGUAUGAGCUUUCAGAUGUCUCAGGAUCAUUAUGGUCAUACAAAGACAUAUGAUUUGAAGCCUGAUGGUGCUAAUAUACCUGUUACAAGUGAAAAUAGAAAAGAAUAUGUAGAUCUGUAUGUAGAUUGGGUAUUAAACAAGUCAGUGUAUAACCAGUUUAAAGCAUUUUACCAUGGUUUCCAUAUGGUGUGUGCAUCAAAUGCUCUAAUUAUGUUACGACCAGAGGAAAUAGAGAUGCUGGUAUGUGGAAAUCCAAGAUUACAUAUGAAAGAUCUGAAGAAAGUCACUGUCUAUGAUGGUUACCAUCCUUUAGACCCCACUAUCAAGUACUUUUGGGACAUUGUUUUGAGCUUGCCAAUCCAGCUUCAGAAGUUAUUUCUAUUGUUUACUACGGGAAGUGAUCGUAUCCCUAUUGGUGGAAUGGCUGAGAUGAACUUUAAAAUCACCCGCACUGAAGAUAUCAGUUUGCUACCAAUGGCGCACACUUGUUUCAACCAACUUGUUUUGCCUGCAUACAAGAGCAAGAAACACCUGAGAAAUAAACUUAUUCUCGCCAUACAAAAUGCAGAGGGUUUUGGAUUGGAGUAACUGAAUAAGACACUGUUACCAAUGCUGUCUUUCUUCAAAUUAUCUUUAGUGAAAAGUAAAUAGAGUGAAUCAUUUUCAACUGUAUCUUUCUUCAGUUAGUAACUCUCCAUCUCAUUUUAUAACGUUUUAGAAGCCAGGAGCUCAUAUGUGUUUAGUGAGAAAUACAAUAUCAACAAGGAUGCAUGUAAUAUUGAAUGGACAGAUUUGGAGGAGCCUCUUUUCAGGCUUAAGAUCCAGUACAGUACAGUACAAUAUUAUCACUGUUGGGAGACAAAGAUUUUGGUUGUUACUUAGAAAUGUUGCUGUGUAGUCUAACUUUGGGGGGAAAAUGUUGUAUUGUUUUAAUGAGGUUAUUGCUCUAUUGAGGUUUCACCAUAUAUUCAUCAUAUCACAACAAAGUUGAUAUAGAGGUGUUACUUUUAACAUAUGUAACUAUGACUCACACAAUAUACACAUCAAAGUUAUACAUAAAAUGUUGUACAAUAUCACAUGCUUCACUUCAUUAUUAUGUAGGACCAGUCUAAAAUGGAAACAUCUGAUUGCCUGAAUUAGAAUUGAAGUUUUUGAAUUAACCAAUGACAAAGGUGGAUUUUGCAGACUGGUUUUAAGAUUCAUAAUUUUCUUUUCAAAUAAUGAUACUUUUCAUGUGAAAUGGCUGUAUUGGAUGUAUCUAUUUAUAAAAUGCAUUUAUAACAUAAUCAGGUCAUAUUAGAAGCAGAUCAUUAUGUAUAUAUACAAAAAUAGAUACUGCUAAAUAUGAACACAAAUUUUUGGCAUUUAUUUUUUUACAACUCUUGUUUUCGUUAAUGAUUAUGUAUUUAUGUGUGAAUAUUUUGAAUCCAACACUUAAUUUUUGGUGUAAAGAAUUUGGAUGUUAAUUAUAAAAGUAUCACAUUAUAAAGUACACAGUUCUUUUUAACUUAUCAGCUCCUUUGAAUACCUAGUAUAUAACAGAGAAUACAAAUUGUUUAUUUUCAUCAUAUAUUAAAAAUAUUAUAGGAUAAGAUACUUUCUUCAAUUGAUUUAAGUCAUUUUUGUUUUUCUGUAUUAACUCAUUUGAAAUUCUCUUUAUGGAUUAUAUCUAUGUGAAUGAUAGAGAGAUUUAGGCCUUAGAUUUUAUGCAUCCAUAUACGAGGGAUGAUCAAAAAUAAACCGGACUGUGACUGGCAAUUGAAGAAUUUUCAUCCUAUCACUUAUUGUUAUAUAUCACACUUAAUUGGAAAACAAUACCUGUAAACUGAUACUAUAUCUAAUCUGAUAACGCAAAUAGCUUGUCCGUAACAGCGAAUUCAAAAACCAUGGUAACGCACACCAGGCGCAGUGCAUAAAUUAGCCUUGACAUGAGGCGCUUUAUGCUGCGUGUAUUUUACAAUAUGGCACAUUUAGAUUUCAAAAUACGCCAAAACGUCAUGUACCAUAUCUUUGACGUUGUCAGUAAAAAUGACUUCAUUUAAACCAUAUUUAUAUUUACAAUCACAAUUCAAACGUCACAUGUUAAUGAAAUACUCACGUUAAAACUAUGUUGUCGGAAUAUUUCGAAAAUCGAUCAAUAGGAAAAAAUUGUCAAAUGUAAGACGAGAAACUGUUUAAAACGUAGAAAAAGAUUAUGGCUAUCAAGGGAAAAGUUCCAGAAAGCCACAGCAUAUUUUUUGAUUAGCUUAAAAGAUUAAAAAAGGAUAAUAGAGAAAUAGAAACAAGUAAGGGAGAGACAGAAAAAAGAUAUUUUCAAGGACGUUGGUGACGUCAAUCGCCAAGACGUUGAAAAAUGACAGUCGAUUGACUGCGGACAUUGUCAACGAUGUUCGACAGUUACUACGGGACGGUGCAGUCAACUCUGAGGAUCUUAAAAUGAUAAUAGUUAAUGCAUUAAUUACAUGUAUUGUAUUCUUGGUUUACAAUUGUAUCAAUUAUUUUCUUAUUUUACGCAGUAGUCUUAUGGAGAAAUUGUCAAUUUAACAGCCAUUGUUCAAAUUGGCUAUGCGUUUUAUUUAUUUUAAAAUAAUGACAAUUUUGAUCAUAGUUGUAUUAUUCAGUUAUUUUUUCGUAUGUAUGAUACAUUAUCAUUCAGCAACAUUAUUUUACAUUAUUUGUAAUACAUAAUAUAGUUAAUUACAUGUGCGAUUUUUUCAACAAUCAAGUUACAGAAGGAAAUAACGGAAGUUUGCGUCAUUACAGGAGCUCUUUAUCAUCAUUCAUUCUAUUACAAUACAAUAUGAUACCCACUUGUACAGAAAUAUAUAUAGGCAGUGGAUCUGCUGCAUCAAUAACAUGACUGUACCACAUAUUGGCCUACUCCGUGAAUGAGUAAAAAUCUGCUCCGUUAAGGACAAUACGCUUGUGACAUUGUUAACGUCAAUUUUAAAGUUAUACCGUGCGCCACAUUGCUUUACAUGUGCAUGCCAAUAACAGCAUAACUUUUUUCUUUGUUUAUAUUUCUUGUUGGUAUUUUUUGUAUCAUUUAGGGGAUAGAUUCCGAUUUAUUUUCCAUGUAUUGUUAUGUAAAUUCAUUUAACAGGUUAAGAAUCAUUUACAAAGUCCGGUUAAUUUUUGAUCAUCCCUCGUACUAUUAUAAAGUUUAAGAACUUUAACUGCUGCUUUUCAAACAGAUGUUUUGAAAUAAUCAUUCAUUAAUUCACAAAGUAAUGUAGGUAUCUUUCUGAGGUUUGUUGCCAUCUGUAUUAUAUUAGCAGCCAUAUGUAUUAUAUCAGGAAACUCGAUGUUAUAUCCGUCCAAAUAAGUCAUUCAUGAUAUUUUAUAGGUAGUUGCAGAGUAUUUUUAUUUAUAUUGGUGCAUGAUAUUUGUUAGAUAUUGUUUUGUAAUAUUUUUUCUUGGUGAUGUAUUUUUUUUUUGUUCCUGAUCUAUUUUGAUUCUCAAGUGCCUGUAAUUAUACACUGAUAAGUAACAGACGUUUUUUAAAACUUGAUAUGUGACAAUAACAGUUUCAGUUUAAUUUUAUUUUUUAAUCUUAUACAAUAUAGUUCACAUAAAAAUCUGUCAUACAAAAGGGGGUCUGUCAGCGCAGGUUAAUUACUGAUUUCAUACAAAGUGUGAUUUGAGCACAGGUGUUUGCUAAUAUGCAUGUAUGGUACAAGUUAUUCUUAGACAAAAAAGUCUAUUUGAAAUCUGAAAGUUUAUUUUUUGGUUGUAUGAUUUCACAUAUGAGGAAAACUUUCAUCAAUUCAAAAUGGUUGGUGUCCAUGGCUGAGUGCAUAAGGGCCUCGACUUUAAACCCCUUGCCCUUCACCGCUUUUGGUUCAAAUUCCAGCAGUGACCUUGGAUUAUUUCAUGUGAGAAAACUAACCAGCGAGUUUAUGAAACAUCAGUGAUUCUACUCAGGUGCCCAUUCACACCUGAAAUAAUGCAAGGAAAGACACUGGAGGUCUUCCUCCACUAGUAAAGCUGGGAGUCACCAUAUGACCUAUACUGUGUUGGUGCGACGUAAAACCCAACAGACAAACAAAAUUGGUUUCCUAUGCACGCAUAACCAUAUAUUCCUGUUAUUGCUAUAAGCACUUGUUUGAGAAUCUCAAGAUGCAUUUUGGGAUUGAUUGAGGAUCUUUUUUCGAGUCGUUGUCUGUGUAAAUGUUUAA